AUGGAAGAGAGUCACCAGUUGCUAAAACAAAACAACGUUCUAUUCAGACUGCUCGAUCGCGUUGCCCGCACUGUAGAAGCAAACUCGGUACCCCUACCCUCGUUUACUAGCGACGCGGCUCUUCUUACAGCCCAAGAGGCUAUUUAUGACUCCGCUUUACCCUUAGUGCAAAAUGGGCCCAGCUUCCCUAGUCUUAAGAUGACAACCUCAAAAGUUUUGGCUGGCUUACGUCAGAUCAACCCUGAUGACUGGAUGGCCUGUAAUUGUUCUACUGAAACAGACCUUUUUAGACAGGCAGAAGAAAAUAUGGAAGAUGAAGAUGAUGCACUGGUUGAUUGUCCAACUCCAUGGAUGGCUGGUUUACCUACAUACAAGAAUUUGGGUACUAUCGAACACAGCGGUAGCAAUCUCUCCGGACCAUUCUCUUCCAGCUGGCAUAUACCAACUCCACUUGUGCUUUCAUGGCAAGCAGGCCGACACCUAGGACGCUCUUGGUUCGAGCCAUUUGAGCGUCUUUUUCAUGCCAUUCACGAUGUCAAUUAUGUCCUUGCUAGCUUGGUAAAUGUUCGACCUUUGGAGGGAGAAUUGGUUCCAAUUAGUGGUGGCUCGGAGGGUCGUGAUCAAGUCUCUUCUUCGGAACCCGAUAAUAUUACAUCUAGUUCUAAUCGAUCUGAACAACUAUUGCCCAGCCCUGGUUGGUGGGAUGACACUUUGCGUCGUAACUUUAUGGACUAUAUGCAUGCCUUGCUCAAGUUACUCUCCUUUGUUCAGGACAUGAAUAGCCUACAACGUGAGACUGUGCAACAUGUGGAGCAGGAGCUAGAGUGGAGCAGUGGUUUCUUCCUUAUUACGAUUCUUCUUAGUGUUCUUGGUCUUACUGUUCAGGUAGCCAGCUCUGACCGGCAACUGUUUCGUCUUGUCUAUGCAGCUACAAUUAAACCUUAG